AUGCUUAAUUUCUUCAGCAAGUCCUGCCUUGAUCACAAGGUCGACAUUGACACCAUCAAUAUGGACUCGGCUAUGCAAGCGUUCAUUCCAAAAUCAGUUCUCUGUGGUGGGAACGUCAAACCAUCUCAUUUACGUCGACAGUUUCUUCAACUCCUCAAGAAAUUCUCUUCACUCUCACCAACUGAAUCUGUGCUUCGAUCGUUGUCGAUCCUAAUCGACAUUGUAAAAUUCGAUGUGGAGAUUUUCAAAGCGAGUAUGGGGAGUUCUCGAUUGGCUGAACUGCGCUCUGUGCUGGAAAUUGUCAUCAAGAAGAUGGAGCAGAGUUCUGACAAGGCCAUAUUGCAACUGAAGAUUUCGGGUACUGCGCAGCCUAUGUUGAUUACGGUGGCAACUCACGAUAUUGCCGAGUCUUUAGCUCAUCUGAUUGACGGCUAUCAAAUAAUGUACAAUCAGGGGAGCUCAGUCUACAAGAAAAAAGGCAGUAACGAUGCAAGGAUAAAGAGAGAACAUGUCACUUUGAAGGAGCUUAUCGGUGGAGGACAGUUCGGCAACGUUUAUCGAGGGACCCUAGCGGACCCGGGCUCAUUACCGAUAACGGUAGCUGUCAAAGUAUGCAAAAUGGAAAACGAGCCAACGGAUACUCAGCUGAUUUUGCAAGAAUCC